AUGUCGGCCCGCUUCCGUCGAAACCCUGCUAUCAGAUGCGGCUUGGAAAUUUUGGAGGUGGAAUUGGAGAUUCUAGCUCUGGUCCAGGGGAAGGAAAGUGAGGAACAGGCAGCUAUCAUGGACGUCCACCGAUCACGAUUCGUGCCAUAUCCAACUUCUGCCAUCAGCGCACUCGCCUUCUCGCGACAAAGCGAUGCUGGAUAUACUGGACCUUUGCCUGCGUUGAAACUCGCCAUCGGACGGGCGAAUGGCGAGAUAGAGGUAUGGAACCCGCUGCAAGGACAGUGGGCGCAGGAGACGCAGUUUGUGGGUGACGGCAGUGGGGUAGAUGGUUUGGCGUGGACGCAGGAUCCAGAUGAGACGGACGGUGAGGGUCCAGUCUUGCCUGGACAGCAACGGCUGUUCAGUAUUGCUUCUUCGCCUGCGGUCGUGGAAUGGGACUUGGCGACUGGUGAGCCGAAGAGGAAGUCUACGGGUAACUUCAGCGAAGUCUGGUGUUUUGGGGCGCAGCCGAGAUGGAGGUCUACGAAGAGCGUGGACGACGAAGCACGAUCGCAGGAUAUUGUCGCUGGGUGCGGUGAUGGUACGCUAGUCGUACUCACGACGGCAGACAAUGAUCUACAGUUCAAACGCUUUCUUGCUAGAGUGGCUGGCAAGCGGGCAAGGUGUAUGUGUAUCACCUACCAGAACCGAGAUAUUGUGGUUGCUGGAUUCGCGGAUAGUGCUAUCAGGGUCUAUGAUACACGGAACGGGUCGCAAAUCAGGCAGAUGAGUCUUGGGUCAGGCAUUCCUGGUGCUCCGAAGACGGCGAUCGUGUGGCAGCUGAAAGUGAUGCAGGGUGGUGAUAUUGUGUCUGGUGACUCGAACGGCGAGGUCAGGAUGUGGGAUGGGAAGAACUACUCGCUCACUCAAAGACUGGUGGGACAUGAAAGUGAUUGUCUGGAUCUUGCGACUAGCGCCGACGGCAAAUCUAUCUUUUCUGGCAGCUUGGACGGCAGGAUCGCGGUGUAUCGGCAGGCGACUGACGCCAAUGGACGAAGAAGCUGGGCGAAGCAUGGACAUCGAAGAGUGCACACACGAGAGGUCAAGGCAAUGACAUCUUUCGACAGCAAGAAUGGUCUGAGUGUGGUGGUCUCUGGUGGGACAGAUGUCGCGCCAGUCCUUACGCCACUUCGUGAGUAUGGCAGGGAGAACUUGCGAGCCAUGCCGUCGCUACCUCAGGAACCCAGAGUCGUCGCGGCGCCACGAGCCAGAUUGAUAGCCAGCUGGUGGGAUAAGGAAGUACACAUUUGGCGCAUCGCUUCAAGAUCCGCUGCCAGCGCUGAAACGCCAACACAAAGUCCUCGAAAGCUAGUUGCGAAGCUCGCGCUCGACGUGAAGCAGAACAUCCGAUGUGCCACCUUGUCUUCUGAUGGAAGAUUGCUGAUCGCCGCCACGAGCCAGGAGCUCAAAGUAUUCCAGCUGCGCAACCGACUGGAUUCUGAUAGUUUAGCGAUCCGCAAGCUAGCUUUACCAUCGUCGUUCGCGCAGCUCGGCGCCCGACAGAUAGGCUUCUCGCCUGAUGGGAAGUGGUUGGCGGUCGUGACAGCAGAUAGCGAAGUGCAUAUCGCACGCUUCACUUCCGAUUCUGCACAGCCAAAGCGCUUGAUCUGUUUGCCUCAGACAGUCGAGCUUGAUAGACGCAGUCGCAAAGUCGUUUCAAGUGCAUACAAAGCCUACGACCGUACUAUAACCCGACUGGCCUUUGCCGCCGACAGUUCUGUGCUCGUCACGGGCGAUGUCUCCGGGCAUCUUGACUCAUGGGUGCUAGAAGGCCACGAAGAUCCCACCGCCCCAGCAGUGGACAAUGCCAAGCACGACUCCGACAAUAAAUCUUCAGCCAACGACUCGGAUUCAGACAGCGACAGCAGUGAUUCAGACGACGACGAUGACAUCGCGGUAUUCUACGGCCAACACUGGACGAAUAACCCCUCGGGCCAUCUUCUACCCAAGCUAGAAUCCGCACCCUUAGUCCUCACAUUCCGACCUGUCCACAGCCAGCCUACCAUGAACGGCAACCCAGGUGUACACUCCACCCGACAUAACCCGCACGCUCACUCACACCAACUUCCCACCGGCCCCCACCUCCUCUGGAUCAUGACGGCUCGACACAACAUCUACGAAUUCAACACCCUCUCCGGCCGCCUAAGCGACUGGAGCAAACGCAACCCCACAGCCGCACUACCCGACGAAUUCCGUCAGAUCAAGGACAGAGUCGUGGGAGCUGUGUGGGAUGCGAAUGAGAAGAGGGGGAGAUUGUGGUUGUAUGGGACUAGUUGGGUGUUCAUGUUGAAUCUUGGCCGUGAUCUGGCUGAGCCGGCAAAGCAUGAUAUGCAGUCGAGCAAGAAGCGGAGACGGAAGAGCGAUGGGCGUGCUAAUGAGGGCGAGCGGAGGUUGAGGCGGAAAUCGAAUAGUGGGGCUGGGGAUCGCGUGGGGGGGCGUCAGUCGCUUGGUGCGCUGGAGAGUUUCCUGAGGGUUGAGAAUGGGAGGCGGGAUGAGAUUGAUCUUCGAGCUGUGAUCGCCGACGAGGAGGAGGAGGAUGGGGAUAUGGAUGAUGAUGAUGGUGGGGUUCAGCUCGCCGGGCUGAUGGGCCAAGGUUCGCAAGAGGAUGGUGGACACAUACAGGAUGGCGAUUCCACUGGCCAGGAUCGCAAAUUCUGGUGCACUUUCUCCUAUCGACCUAUCCUCGGUAUGGUGCCGUUGGAAGAUGCUACUCUACCGGCGGAUGCGGAGAGGGCGCUUGAGGUUGCUAUUGUUGAGCGGCCGUUGUAG